AUGGUCAUGGCGUCCCCGGCCAUCGGGCAGCGCCCGUAUCGGCUGCUCUUGGAUCCAGAACCGCCGCGCUAUCUGCAGAGCUUGAGCGGCCCGGAGCCACCCGCUCCGCCGCCCAGCCGGUCCUCCCGCCGCUGCGCCCCCGCGCCCAUCUCCACUGCGCCCGGGGCGCACGAGGGGCGCGGCGCCCGAAAGGCUGCCCGCGGGGACCUGGAGCCCCCACCCCGGGCCUCCCGUCCCGCUCGCCCUCUCCGGCCUGGUCUGCAGCAGAGACUGCGGCGGCGGCCCGGAGCGCCCCGGCCCCGAGACGUGCGGAGCAUCUUCGAGCAGCCGCAGGAUCCCCGCGUCCCGGCGGAGCGAGGCGAAGGGCACUGCUUCACGGAACUGUCGCUACGGAGCGGCCGGGGCUGGUGCGACCUGUGCGGACGAGAGGUGCUGCGGCAGGCGCUGCGCUGCGCUAACUGCAAAUUCACCUGCCACCCGGAGUGCCGCAGUCUGAUCCAGCUGGACUGCAGUCGGCAGGAAGGCCCAUCCCGGGACAGACCUUCUCCAGAAAGCACCCUCGCUCCCACCUUUGGCCAGAAUGUCUGCAAACCUGCCGAGGAGCCUCGGAGCCCGCCCACGCUGCAGGAGAUCAAGCAGAAGAUCGCCAGCUACAACAGCCUGGAGAAGAACUGCCUGGGCAUGAAGUUGAGUGAAGAUGGCACCUACACGGGUUUCAUCAAAGUGCAUUUGAAACUCCGGCGGCCGGUGACAGUACCGGCCGGGAUCCGGCCCCAGUCCAUCUACGAUGCCAUCAAGGACGUGAACCUGGCCGCCACCACAGACAAGCGGACGUCCUUCUACCUGCCUCUCGACGCCAUCAAGCAGCUUCAUAUCAGCAGCACCACCACAGUCAGUGAGGUCAUCCAGGGGCUGCUCAAGAAGUUCAUGGUUGUGGACAACCCCCAGAAGUUUGCACUUUUUAAGCAGAUACACAAGGAUGGGCAAGUGCUUUUCCAGAAACUCUCCAUCACUGACUGCCCCCUCUACCUGCGCUUGCUCGCCGGGCCCGACACUGACGUCCUCAGCUUUGUGCUAAAGGAGAACGAGACCGGAGAGGUGGAGUGGGAUGCCUUCUCCAUCCCUGAGCUCCAGAACUUCCUAACAAUCCUGGAAAAAGAAGAGCAGGACAAAAUUCAACAAGUGCAGAAGAAGUAUGACAAGUUCAGGCAGAAACUGGAGGAGGCUUUAAGAGAGUCCCAGGGCAAACCUGGCUAACCAGUCCUGCUUCCUCUGCUCCCAGUGUCCACAGAUUUAUUUUUUAUUAUUAAUUAUUAUUUUGCAACAGACACUUUUUCUCAGGACACCUCCGAUGGAUGCAUUCGUGCUCGCCCGGCAGUCCCAGAUGUGGCACAGCCUCUGACGGACAGGUGCGCGUGGGGCUGGGUCCUGCCCCUCCACGCACUGCCCAUCUGCGCCUGCCAAGCAGCACUUGUGUGAAGGACGACCGGCGUUCUCUUGCUGUGUGCAAGCCUUUCACAAACCAAAUAGUUGCCUCUCUCAUCACCGAACUGGAACCAUGCGCGCCAGCCGGCAAAGGAAAAGAAAAAGGGAUUAGAGACAUAUGUUCUCUCUGGCUUUUAUUCUUCAAUUUCUCCUUUAUUUGCCACCUGCAAUACCUUUAUUUAUGAGUCAAAAGCUGUAGUAUAUUUCCUGAGCAGGUCUGAGCUAAGCUGCUGAAAGCAGAAUUAUGCUCAUAAAAGGACUGUGCCCCACUGGCCCCCGAUGCUCAGGCCAGGAGCACUAGAGCAGAGGUUGGCUCAGAUUUCUGGAGAAGCUGCAGCCUGGCCCUGGCCCUCAUCACCCAAGUCUGUGCACACGUGAGCCCAAAGUUCUAUGUGUGGUGCUUAGCUGCAGCUUUGUCAACAACUGUUUGUUCUUAAGUUACAACUUUAUUUAAUAUUGCCAUUAUCCUCAGGUUUCACCAAAAGGAAACCAGUUAUUUACCAGUUUUGAAGUCUCCUGCUGAGUAUGGAAUUCAGGCAGUCAGAGAAAACCAAACAGCUUUGCAACAAAUGUGUCCAAGCUGUUUCCAGCCUUCCCCCAGCGGGAGAUCAGGGGAGGGCCAGACCGCCUUCGUUGUCCCGAGGCCUCCAGAGCUGUCUCUCUCUUCCCCCGGCCUAUGGAAUCUCCAGGUGCUGCCAGAGGCGCUGCCUUGACUACAGAGGGGGAACCUCCCAACUCAGCCAACCUGGAGUCCCUUGCUCUGAAGCUGGGGCCGCCCGUGGCACUGUGCGCAGUGAGCCCUGGGGCUGGCCUUCCCGCUGACCUCAGUGCCUUUUUGUUUCCAGAGAGACAGAAGCAGGGAGAGUUUGCGUGAAGCUUUGCUGCUGGCUUGUCCCCACCAGGCAGCGGACCGUGGUGGUGUGGGAGCCAAGGCCAGGAGAGCCCUCCCUCCAAGUAUGGGUCAGGGUCAAACCUGGGGUCUGGGCUUUGAUUCCCGUAAGUGAUGUCAAACCACAUUAACAGGAUGGAUCAGAUUCCCUACUCUCCAUUUGUACUGAAAUCUUGUUCCGGUCCAACCUAAAAAGGAAACUAGCCAAACAACUCAACCAAGUAGCCAGGACUGCAAAGACAUUCCAGUACCGAAGGAGAAAGACUGAACUUUUAAAGCAGGGCAGGUUUUUCAAUCCAGCCUCUGAGAGACCAUUUCGUCUAUGUCCUCUGCCUUCCCAAGUUCCUCUUGGGUUGGCCCAAGCCUAAGUUUCCAUGUGUAGCCUCAGAACGUCCCUCCCUGACCCUUGCCAAGCCUGCGCUGCCCUGAUCCGAGCAGGAACGCAGCCCCUUUACCAUGCAAACUGUGCUCAUCUUCAGAGCUGCAAAAGCAGGAUGGACUAGCAGCUUGGAAAGAUUUUUUAAACCACAAAACCCUAGUGGUCUGCCAUCUCAUGCUCAGCCUUAUCACUUCACUCCCUUGAAGACGCUGUCUCCCUGCUCUGUAUUAAAGGGAGUGGGCAGAGUCCUCUUCCUUCAUGCUGCAUGUCUUUACCAGUAAUAGAAGGCACAGCUCCUGCUGUAACUGCUGUGAAUGC